CAAGUCCAAUUGGCUUAGGUAAUUCGAUAUGAACUUGGUCUAUACCUAAUUUGGUUAGAUCCCUCGAAGUCGGGAAGGCUGAGGCCAUUUAAAACAAAGGUUAGCUUGCCUCGCCCGGAUUGUACUUUAUCCAUUGGCCUUGGGAUUUGUCUCUUUUAAGAAAAAACUACAAAUACUAUUCAUUCGUCCCUCGAAUGCACAUUUUCUUCUUUCAACCUUUGUACUAAAAAUGUCUACUUCAAAUUUACUGAAUAAUUCCUUUGAUGAAAGCGACGAAGAGGACGAUAGUUUCAAUCCCCAACCUGCGGAUCUUUCUGACAACGAAGAUGAAGACCACAAUACAAGUAGUGCGAAAGGACGAAAUGAAGCUUCGCGUCAUCAAGUAGGAGAUGAAGAUGGCUCUGAGGAUGAAUCUGCCCCAGCGAGUGGGCGAAAAACGAACUCGGGCGGUGCUGCUAACGAUGAUGAGGAUGAAGAUGAUGAAGGCGAGGGCGAUGAUACUGCUGCACGCGCCCAUGAUGAUGAAGAUGAUGAAGAUGAUGAAGAAGAGGAAGAAGAUGAUGACGAAGAGGAAAUUACGGUAAGUAUUUCUUGCAUAUAAAUUCCUACUUACUAUUCCCUCACGGCAUAUCUACCAGGACUUCCCACCUAAUGGCAAACUAUAGGGACACCGCCGUAAGCGUCGCAGAGACCGUCGCAAUGUUUUCCUCGAUGUUGAAGCCGAAGUGGAUGAAGAUGAGGAUGAAAAUGAGGAUGACGAGGAUGAAUUGAACGAAAUGAAGGAUACUUUCAUUGCAGACACACACCCAGAUGAUAUGGCAGACCUUCCUGAUGGUGGUGAGACAGAUGACAGGCGUCACCGAGAUUUGGAUAGGAGACGUGAAAUGGAAGCAAGUCUUGAUGCGGAAAAGCAAGCCGAAAUUUUGCGACAACGAUACGCGAACAAAGGUCGAUCCUCAAGGGGCAGUGGAGAAUCAGCGGUCGUUCCAAAACGUCUUUUACUUCCUAGUGUCGAUGAUCCUAGUAUCUGGGCUGUAAGAUGUAAAGAAGGAAAAGAAAGAGAGGCCGUUUUCUCGAUCAUGAAGCGCAUCGAAGAGAGAACUGGCACCAAAGAGGAACUUGCGAUUACUUGCGCUUUUGAACGUGGUGGAACGCAAUCUACAAUGAAAGGCUUCAUUUAUGUCGAAGCCCAACGACAGGCCGAUAUUUUGACUGCUAUGGAUGGCCUUAUGAAUGUCUAUCCUCGAACGAAAAUGCAGUUAGUCGAGAUUAAGGAAAUGCCAGACCUUCUCAGGGUUACGAAAAGUCCAACUGUAGAGGUUGGAGCUUAUGUACGACUUAGACGUCCAGCAAAAUAUGCUGGUGAUCUUGCUCAGGUUAUGGAAGUUACCGAUACUGGCCUUGAACUACGUGUCAGAUAUGUACCUCGUCUCGAUUAUGGUCUCCAUGAGGAUACCAAUGCAGUGGACGGAAAGAGAAAGCGCCCAGUGGCUGGACCACGUCCGCCCCAACGACUCUUCAGUGAGGCCGAAGCCAAGAAACGACAUGCAAAACAUUUGCAAGGCCGACCGGACACGAAGACCUGGAACUACUUUAAUGAGGAAUAUAUCAAUGGAUAUUGCGAGAAGGAGGUCAAAAUUCAAGCACUUAUCACUAAAGAUGUCAAUCCAACCCUCGAGGAAGUUACAAGAUUUGCCUCUGGUGCUGAAGAUGGCACCGAGAACUUGGACCUAAAUGCUCUUGCUGCUAGCUUGAAAGCAAGUACGGCAAAUGCUUCUUACCUACCAGGCGAUGUUAUUGAAGUUUACGAGGGUGAACAGAAAGGUGUCGUUGGCAAAGCAGUAUCUGUUACAGGUGAUAUUGUCACGAUGGCUGUAUCUGAAGGAGCAUUGAAGGGUCAAACCAUCGAAAUCCCUAUCAAGGGUCUACGCAAACGUUUCCGUGAGGGUGAUCACGUUAAAGUGAUUGGUGGAAGUAGGUUUAGGGAUGAAGUCGGUAUGGUCGUCAAGAUCAUCGAAGAUCGUGUCACUUUGUUGAGUGAUCAGGGCAACAAUGAGAUCACCGUUUUCAGCAAAGAUCUUCGAGAGGCGAGCGAUUCUGGUGGCAGUGGCGCUUUAGGAAAGUACGAGCUAUGGGACUUGGUUCAAUUAGAUCCAUCUACUGUUGGUUGUAUUAUCAAAGUUGACCGCGAAUCACUUGUCGUUCUUGAUCAGAAUGGCUCUAACCGGACAGUUAUCCCAUCUCAAAUCUCCAACAAACUUGAAAAACGAAGAAAUGCAGUGGCAACAGAUCGUAAUGGUGCCGAGAUCAAGAUGGAGGAUGGGGUGAAGGAAUUCGGGGGAGAAGGUAGAUCUGGCAAGAUUCUACACAUUCAUCGCGCCUAUCUUUUCUUGAAGAGCUCUGAACUGACCGAGAAUGCCGGUGUUUUCGUUGCGCGAACAACUAGCGUUCAAAGCGUAUCUGCUAAGGGAGGACGCAUCGCUGGAAAUGCCUCAUCUUCACCGGAUCUUAGCUCUAUGAACCCAGCAAUGAAGCUGAAUCCGAAAAAUAACGGCCAGAUGCUUCCACCAAAAUCAUUUGGCCGUGAUAAGUCUAUUGGACAGACGGUGACAAUCCGGAAAGGUCCAUACAAGGGUUUACUCGGCAUUGUCAAAGAUACCACAGACACCAAUGCCAGGGUAGAACUGCAUACAAAGAGCAAGGUAGUCAGUGUGCCAAAGGACUGUUUGGGAUUCAAGGAUAAGAUUAGUGGUGCAUCGAUAGAUCCAAACGGUUUCAGAGGUGGACCUGGUGGUGGUAGGGGAGGAGGAGCUCCAAGAGGCCGUGGUGGUUUUGGAGGUGCGACCCCUGGUCCAGGUUGGGAUGCUGGUGCGGGUGGACGAACACCAAUGCCGGGUGGCCCUCCUGAGCGUACUCCAGCUUGGGGGAGAAGUAAGUUAAUCGCGUCUUAUCUUCUACAAUUUACUAACAUUUUUAGCUCCUCAUGGUGGUGGCCAAGGUGGACGAACGCCUGCCUGGAAGUCUGGACCCACUGAUGGUGGGCGUACACCUGGUUGGGCGAAUGAUGGAUCUCGGACCGUUUAUGCAAAUGACGGUAGCCGGACAGCCUAUGGAGGUGGCAAUAGAACUCCUGCUUGGUCAUCUGGUGCCAAAACCCCAGCUUAUGGCUUAUCAGAUAAUUUCGGGUCUAAAACUCCCGCAUAUGGCGGUAGCAGUAAUUCUGGAGAUGCAUGGGGCUCAAAGACUCCAGCCUAUCAACCAAAUAAUUCAAACGACAAUUGGAACUCUGGCUCAUCCAACAACAACAAUUGGGGUUCGGCUUACGAUGCUCCAACCCCUGGCGGUCCUUUAUCGGCACCUACACCGGCUGCAAUGAAUGCUCCGACUCCAGGUGGAUAUUCCGCUCCUACACCGGCUGCCAUGAACGCCCCAACCCCGGGAGCUUAUUCAGCCCCAACUCCAGCUCCAGGUUAUUGGGGUGCUCCAACACCUCAAGCAAUGGAUGCACCUACACCAGGACAAGGAUAUUAUGCGGGAGCUCCCACACCUGGUGCAUAUGCAGCGGAGACACCAGCAGGUAAUUGGCAGGAGGAUGGACCUAGAUAUGUGGAUUAAUGGUGAUAAUUUGCAGGGAACGAUAGAUACACCUGCGUCGGAGGAACUUUAUUGGUUUUAAAACGGAGCGAUGGAGUUAUUUUUGUUCCCUUUUCCUGUUCUAAGCUUGGUUCCUUUAUUUGAGAUAUUUAACAGAAUGGUCACAACGGGUGCCUUUUUUUAUGUGGGUAAAAAAGUGCAUGCACGCAUGCGAGAUGUCAAAAAUCGCAAAAUUGAAGCACAAUUGUUCAUCAAAGGACCAUCCACUUUCUAUCCCGUCUCGUACGAUUCUUCUUCUCACUACCCGUACAAGUAAUUGAACCCCAUUCCUCUAAAUUUUCAACAGUACACUCCCACUCCGAGCCAUAAUCCACGUAAUCUCCUCAUCCCCAUCAUUUAACACCCAGUGCUCUCAACAGGCGAGAAGUAGAGGAAAAUCCCUGGGAAAUAACGAUUGCCGCGUGUUUUGUUCUUGCUAGGUUGGAGUGGCGGGAUUUGGUUAUGUGGGUUUGGACGCCGGUGGUUGCUGGUGUCAGAUUGGUGGGAAGGGGGUUAGGGGUGGAUAUGAGUGUAUGUAUCUUUGUCAAAUGAUAGGUUCGAUGUCGUAAGUCUUUUAAUAGCAGUCUUUCAAAAUCAAGAGUCUAUCGGAAAGUUACAGAUCAUCUACUUCCAUCCACCCGGAGUUGUCAACUUCUCGAUAGGGAUCCAAUUUGAUUACCAACGUCUAGAUGAAGCUAUUCCCAAAAAAUGCAUUUGAGCCGUGUGUGUGCGUUUUCCUCAUUCUUGUUUCAAGUACAUCACAGGAAAAGCAGGGGAAAGGUCCUAAUUCGGGUAGAAACGAUAGAGAAGGAGCUCAAAAGACCU